AUGACAACUUCAGCAUUUUUCUUGGUCACAGUCUCAAGUGGUCUGUUUGUCACGGGGGAAUUUACACAGCCCUCAAACCUCACCCAACUAUCCUGGUUCCAACCCCCCUUCGAAAAUGACGAUUCUACCAUCCAGCGGGUGGCUGGUGGCUACAACCUGACCGAACCGCUCCACUACUCGCAAGACGAUGGAGAGGUGACUGCGCACCUUAUUGGCAAUGGUAUCAUCGAAUUGAAUUUGUCUUACCCAGCCUGGACAUCUGGAGAACUAGCAUUCCCACUACUCACCCUUGCCGAUACCUCAACAGCACAUGCGAUUCGCGCUGCCUCCGUUUCGGCCGACGUUCCUGCCAUUCGAGCAGCCGUGCACUGCGAUGUGCUCACGGAAGAUGAGCCCACUACUGCCUCAGUUCAAAGUUGUCCGGAUGCCAAUGACUUCAAACUCCAAGCUUAUCUACCCGGUCGCCUCAGCACUAGCGAGGGAGGCAGCGUAGCGCCUCGACCAUGCUCUUCGACCGGCAUUUACUGCUCAAACAUUGCCGGCAUCUAUGGCUACGCGACGGACGAGGCCUUUGUCAACUAUUCCGUCGUCUCAUGCAGGGUGUCGUAUGAACAAGUCUCCACCACGGCAACUUUCGAACUCCCCAGCUAUGUUAUCUCCAAGGAUGCACCGCCAGCGGUCGACGAAACUCAAACCAAGCCCCUCAACAGCAGCGACGUCAACAACUUGUUGAAUUCUGUGGGCUAUUUUGCCGCAUGGGGCACCAAUCGAACAGCUCUUCCAGAAGCCCCCGACGAGCGUCUCAUACCAAGCCUGAGGCAUAUGAUCCGAGUCAUGGCCGCGCAGUACAUGUGUUACUUCUACCGCACGGCCAACUCAAGCAUGCCACUGGUAGGCUCGACCAUUCCUGCAACGUUGCAGAUGGGACCGGAUUUCCGUCUGAAGCAGAACGGCACCUCGACCCCAGUGUUGGAUGUGCUGCUGGUGGUUUUGUGGCCUUUUGCCAUGAUAACGAUCUUCGCCUUCCGAAGUCGCGACAUUGCCAAGGCCCAACCGGGGACUCUAGCAGCGGCUCUGGCUCUCGUCGCUGACAGCGAGUUUGUCCACACCAUACAGACCCGCGUCCAGAGUGACCCUGGCGCAGGGGGCACAGAGAGGGACAGUUCUCUCUGA